AUUUAUUGCUCGUACUCUGUCGACUGGCUGUUCGAAAUUAGUUUAAAGGAGAAGUGCCUUUGGGUCGUUCAAAUUUCAGCACAGCUCGUGGAUUUUCAGCUCUGAUUUACAGGGAAAAUGGGACCUGAGCCGGUCAAUGUUAGGGAGUUCCAGCAAUUGGCUAGAGAAGCUCUCCCAAAAAUGUAUUAUGAUUUCUAUGCUGGUGGAGCUGAGGACGAGUUCACACUAAAGGAAAAUAAGGAAGCAUUUCGUAGAAUAACCUUACGACCGAGAGUUCUAGUGGAUGUUAGUAGAAUAAGCAUGUCUACUACUGUACUAGGAUACAGGAUCUCCGCACCAAUUAUUAUCGCUCCUACUGCUUUUCACAAAUUGGCUCAUCCCGAAGGAGAGGUUGCCACAGCCAAAGCAGCAGCGGCAUGCGAUACUAUAAUGGUAUACUUAAGACAGAUAGCCACCUGCACUGUGGAGGAAGUUGCGUCAAGCUGCAAUGCUGUUCGGUUCGUCCAGCUCUAUGUUCACAAAAGGCGAGAUGUCACUGCUGCAUUUGUGAAUAGAGCUGAAAGGCUUGGAUAUAAAGCCCUUGUUGUAACUGUUGAUGUUCCCCGACUUGGUCGAAUAGAGGCAGACAUAAGGAACAAAAUGAUUUCACCUAAAUUGAAGAACUUUGAUGGCUUGUUUUCAAGUGAAUUUAAGUCUGAUAAUGGUUCAGGUUUGGAAGCUUAUGUAAAGCAAACACGUGAUGCAUCGUUGCAAUGGAAGGAUAUAGCAUGGCUGAAAUCUAUUACGAGUCUGCCCAUUGUCAUCAAGGGUAUACUUACUGGUGAAGAUGCAAUUAAGGCGGUGGAAAUAGGUGUUGCUGGUAUAAUCUCCUCCAAUCAUGGAGCCCGCCAGCUUGAUUAUUCUCCAGCCACUAUUUCUGUUCUUGAAGAGGUGGUGCAUGCUACCAAAGGUAAAACUCCAGUGCUCCUCGACGGUGGUGUGCGGCGAGGAACAGAUGUAUUUAAAGCUUUAGCCGUCGGUGCACAAGCUGUCCUUGUUGGACGGCCAGUAAUAUAUGGACUUGCUGUAAAAGGGGAAGGUGGGGUGAGACAUGUCAUUGAAACACUCAAGACAGAGCUGGAGCUCACUAUGGCUCUAACUGGAUGCCCUAAUCUGAAGGACAUUACUCGGAGCCAUGUUAAGACACAGAGAGAUGGGCUUCUCUCGAUGCUUUGAUUGUGUUGUAGAGCACUUCCCAAC